GUGUUAAUUUGGAGUAAAAACAUCACUGAAAACCUAAACAAAAUCAACUACAUACAACAUGGCAUGUGCCUCUCUGCACUUUGCUGGAAACAGUAUAUUUGGUUUGCCUUUUGUUCUCCUCUGAGCAAGAUUUCAACAAGAUGCAAGAACUGUUUCGUGUGGGCCGUGGUCUAAUUUUACUCCAUAAACACUUAUUAUUAUAUUUUCUGUAACACAUUUAUAAACAAUGGUAGUUGGUUUUUCAAUAGGUGCCAUCACUGUGCAUUGACAGACUGGACCUUUAACAUGAAAUUAGAUUUUUAAAUAUAACUGACGAGCAAAAUAAAGAUGAAGUUGUUACCCUUAGAAUCUCUUGAGAUCUUAGGAACUCAAAAUGGUAAUCAUCCAAACCGCAAUAAUGCCUUCAAUGAAUAUGUCAGUUGUUUGUCUUCGGGUUGAUUUUUAUUUUUACUGAGUCAUAUUUAUUGUAUCAUCUUCCUUAGGGAGUCGUGCAUAGUGUGUUGACAUUUUUUAUUCAUCAACGAAGACAUUUUUAAGUUGAAUGGAAUAAAACAUGUUAAACAAGCCUACAGAUGCCCCACUUUUAUUGCAUAUUACAUGCAACAGUGACUCAUAGAAUCAAGAGGCAGAAUGUACAUGGGAAAACAAAACAGGUUGCCAGUUGUUUGUCAUAUCACUUUGACCAGAAACACAAUGAUUUAAACAAAACAAGUCAUUAUCAAAGGAUACUAUAUGCACAAGAUGACAGGACACCCAGAGCCAAGAACAAUUGGCCAUGUGGGACAUUUGUUUUAUAUUGUUUUUUACAAUUCUAUAUUAAACUGAACCAGCUGCAGUGAUCUGGAUUGUUUGUCUGAGUAUUGUUAAAUGCUCAUAUAAACUCUGUGAGGAGUCAUUGUUAUUUCCAUCUGAGGGCCUGUCAGUGCUCUGCGGAGGCUUGACAUCAAAAAUUGAGGUGCUUGUCCCAUCAGUGGCACAAAUACUGAAAGAGGGCUCUUCUCUGUGAGUGACGAGUCUCUUCCUCACACCCCAUGUGGUGGUGAUUCGUUCAGCUUACUCAUGUUUCUCCUCCAAACAAAUUAAUAUUUAUUAUAGUCACUCAAGCAUUCAGCUCAGGGGACUUAUGACACCCCCCAGACUUCGCAGCGCUCCCACAUAAAGGAACUCUGUAAGAUGGGUCUAUUUUCGGUGACCAUUAUCUUCACAGCUCUGCCUGUAUGAGACGGGGGGGCACAGAGGAAUCCUUUGGUGACACUGCUGCAGAUACCAAUAAACAAUACAGUCACUGUCUGUCAUAUCUCUGAGCAGGCAGUGUCCUAGCCUGAGAUGUCACAUGCGGUAACGUGUAAAAUCGUCGUAAUAAUGAAAAAGUCACAGGAUUAAUGCAUCAAUUUAGCUGAUCCAUCACUGACUUUGGGAACUAAUCUUAACUGAGUGUUUCCAAUGCAACUAUUUAGCUUUUCACGAUAUGUAAACUAAAGCUACUGUCACAGUGAUGUUGUUAAAAUGUAAUUGGUAUAAUAAUUAGGCCUGAAGCUAACAAUAAUUUUCAUUAUCGCUUUAUUCUGCCACUUAUUUUCUCAUUUAAUCACUUGGUCUGUAAAAUGUCAGAGAGUGGAAAACGUCCACCACAGUUUCCUAAAGCCCAAGGUAAUGUGUUCAUAUUGCUUGUUUUGUUCAACAGUCCAAAAUAUAAAAUCUGUUAUCAUAGAAAAAUAAGAAAACCAGAAAAUAUUCACAUUUGGCACCAAAGCGGAAGCUGAAGGCAGCCAAGUGAUUAUCAAAAUGCCAAUUAGUCCUUUCUGUCAAUGAAUUGACUAAUUGUUUCAGCUCUAAUAAUCUAAUGUGAUAUUUGUUUACAAAAGCAAUUGAAGUGAUUUUCCGUGCAUUAGAUGUACAGUAAUAUUAACAUAGAUUGAAUAAUACAGUCAUAAGGUAAGUGGAAUAGAGUAUAUGCAGUAUAAUGUUAAAAUGUGUAUAUCUAAUCAUUACCAUAUACUGCAGUUUCCUUAUAUUUACCAUCUGAAUGUAACAGUAGGUGUUGUAUUAGCAUUAUCUUUUAAGAAAUAUUGUGUCUUUCCAUAUUCAUAUAUAUCUGAUACAUACACUAUAUAUAGUUAUAAUUCUAUAAGGGUUUUAUAGAUGAAUCACAUAAAUAAGAAAUAACUCACUAUGUCAUAAAUCUAAUAAUAAAUGACCAACCAGUUUGCUAACUAGAUAUGUAGUUGUAAAUGUAAGUCAAUUUGACACCAGACAGUUGAGUACAGCAGACUUAUAUUUCGCAGCUCCGACUUCACUAAAAUUCUCCUGAUGAACUUUAAAUAACCUUGAAGAACCACACAGAAUUCUGACAACACUGGCUCUGCUUUCAGAUGACUCAGUCUUUUAUUAUAAUCUAAUGUGUGCCAGUUCAUAUUACAUUCAUGCAUUUGAGCUUGUUUAUAUAAGUAUAAUUUCCUUUCAUUCAUUCUCUUUACCUGCUUAUUCCUGUUCAAGGAAAGUGGGAGCCUGGAGGCUAUCCCAGCAUGCACUGGCAGAGAAACACUGCAGAGUGCCGUUUUCCGAACACUUUAACAUUCCCGUUGAACCAAAGGAAAAAAGCAAAAUGUCUUAUUUUCAUUUCAAUUGUAGAAAUAGGUUGAGUUCAUUAUAGUACAACGGAGUUGGACUUUGUCCACUUUGUUAUUACUUACCCUGAACUAGUGUGAUACUGCAGUGAUCAAGAGGGCACAGAGAAUUAUGAGCGCUGAUGUGAAGGAUCGCUGCAACACCUAAAUCACAAGAACUGGACACACUUUCAGUUAUGACAGAACAGCUCAUACACAGUACAGCCAGGUCAUGUCUCAAUACCAGAAGUAAAAGAAUGACCUUAGUCAGUUUGGACAACUGCUUUGUUAUUAAAGUUAUGUCUGAAAUACCGUUAAAUUAUUUCUAUUGCAAGACAUUAGCUAGAUCGUCCAAUUAAAAUAGUUUGGAUGGGGAGAGGAAGUUGAAGAGGAUAUGGAGACCGGAGAAUAUCACCAGUGGCUCUAUACUGAGACUAUACCUUAAAACACACCAGCAAACAUCAACUUAUUCUAAACACCAGACUGUUUGCCAAUGUAAAAACAAUUAAGCUCUGUGAAAUAAGGUACAUAUCAGGGCCAAGUUACCGGAAAGUUACAAACAAAAAAUUAGAUGAAUUCAGAAGGUUGUAUCAUGACAAACGAAACAUUAAUAGCUGCCAGUUAAUACAAUGAAACCAUGUGAGGACAUGACAGAAAGGAAUCCAUACAAUGAGGACUUGGCUCAUACCAAUAAGAUACUUUAAGAAUGGGUAGGGCUCACAUAAAUGCUUGAAAGAAAACAUGUAUUGACAAGAGGUUUCAGCCCAUGAGCAAACAAAUAUGGGCCUUAAUACCACUGAAUAACAGAUAAGUCAGCACGGAUUUAAAGUGUCAGUGCUGGGAUUUCUAUCCUUUUAUUGAACAGCCAUCUUUAGCAGCAUUUUACGUGUUAAAUUAAAACCAGAAAGCUUCUUGGAAAAGCAAAUGUUUUUGUUGUUGGAAGCAGCCGGUCUCUUCUGGCACAUGAACACAAAAUGACUUUAAUUGUUAAAGGACUGGGUAACUUGUGGAAUUCAGUUUUACAGAAGAUGAAAGGCUGGUGUAGCUUGUAAAUCAUGAAGGGUGAUGGAAAGGUUUCUCAGGUGCCAUCUCUUAGCUGGUUCGGAGUCCUUCUUUUGUGGUCUGUGUGGUGUUGCCCCGGGCUCACCUUGACAAGAAACCGCUUAUUGAAUGACCAGAUGCUCCAAGGUGUGUAUGAGUUACAUUUGUAUGUAAUAAAUUUGGAGUGGAAUAAAUUGCAAAUGCCUACAUAGAGGCUAACACAACCUAUCAAACUGUCCACUGUGCCCUAAAUGCUCGCCUCACGUAUUUACAAAUAUGUUCUAGUAAAUAGCAAGUGACUCUUAAAUUUGAGAUAUGUGUAGCCAUCAGAAGGAACUUGACACCGUGGCGCAGAGCGCGGAGAUCAGGUUAGAAACAUGCAUCGCAACAGAACAUCUCCAAAUCGCAUUCCACAUACUGAAAUCUAAUCCGAGGGCAUCAGGAUAUGUGACAUAAUACCCAAGACAUCUGAAAACUGCGCUCCUCCGAACGGGGCUCCAGGGGUGGUUUGGAGAGAUAUGUGGACCUCUGUUACUCACUGUUUGCUCUUGCAGGGGUAUAUGAAAGAGGGGCGGACACCAACUGCCCCAAACGUCAGAGCGCACUUAACUAUAAAUCUCUCCAAACUGCCCUCUGCGCCCGGUGCGGUGUUAUGCGCAGAAAUCUGUCCUGCUUCAGUCCAGUAUGAGAACACCGCGUGUGGAAACUCUUCGAGCUACAUAGACACUAAAUGACCUGGAGAAAAUGGAGAAUAAAUACCCCAAUCUGUGUUGUUUACCAUGUCAAGAUACUGUCAGAUGUUGGCGAAUAUGAACAUUUAACGCAGUUCUGGAUAUAACGGCGCUUUAACUGUUUUAUCAAGAGGCAGACACGAGCUUCUUGCACUCUGGGAAACAGAUAUUGUGCACUUUUUGCGCCUCGCUUAUGCGCGGGAGACGCUGAUGUCUUCAUUGGACUCCUUUCAGUCGGAGAUGGUGGAACUCGCUCAGAUUUCCAGCGUGGAAACGUAGCAUCCAAUUAAUCAGCGACUGCAACUGUACCCCGUGAGGCGCAGUGGCACUUGGUCCGCUCUCUCCAACACCUACCUUUGGACUCCAAAGUGUGGAAAGACGCGUGGUUUGGUUGGUGCGCUGGAUCGGAGUAUGAAACACACACCUGGUGCGGUAUUUCACUUGUUUUCUAUCAGGACACAAACCGAAUUUUAAGGAAAUUUUCGGAUUGUGGCUGUUAAACGAUUCAUGCAGCUGGUUCAGCUCGGGACACUAAAUGAGUCGCGUUUUCUGUUUGGAUUUUAACACCAGGUCUGCAUGGGCCAUAUUUAAGCUUUCUUCAUAGGAACUGAGUCUAAGAUGAAGUUAUGGGAUGUUUUGGCCACGUGUUUGUUGCUCCUGAGCUCUGUUGCUACACGGCCUCUCUACCAAAACACUCAGCCAGCCAAGAGGGCUUAUUUCCCCAGCAGCUACAGUGAUUCUGUGUCCCUGUCUGUGGAGGACGAAGAGCCAGCGUUCCAGCGUGAAAACCACAACCUGCAGGAGAUCUCUAUGGAGGAUCAAUAUGUCAUCGCAGGUCCCUAUCCAGAGCAGUUUGAUGAUGUAAUGGAUUUUAUCGAGGCUACCAUUGGCAGACUCCGGAGAUCGUCAGAGCCCAGCGGGGGUUUAAGGGGACGGAGGGAACAGAGAGAGAGGGGAGCAGCAAACACAGGAGGCACAAGAGGCGAGAGGAGAGGACAUGGCGACAGGAGGCGGGGUCGGGGGCGAGGGGGAAGUCGAGGUGGUAAAGGAGGGCGAGGUGAGAAGGGGAGGGAGAGGAUAUCGGUGCAGACUCGAGGCUGCUUGCUUAAGGAGGUCCACCUCAAUGUGACGGACUUGGGGCUGGGCUACCAGACUAAAGAGGAGCUGAUCUUCCGGUAUUGCAGCGGCCCUUGCGUAGAGGCGGAGACCAACUAUGACAAGAUCCUCAACAACCUCACACACAACAAGAAGCUGGACAAGGACACACCCUCUCGCACCUGCUGUCGACCAAUCGCUUUCGAUGAUGACUUAUCUUUCUUGGACGACAAUGUAGUGUAUCACACGCUGAAAAAGCAUUCUGCCAGGAAGUGUGGCUGUGUCUGAGGAAGUCACAUGGAUGUGACAAAAUGACAGACAUUUCCAGCAUCAGUGAAUUAAGGAUCACUUUUACAAGCUGGUGCUGCAAAGAGAGGGAUCACUGUUGGAAAUGGGCAUACGAGGUCAAAGAGGGAGUGUAUUGUCUCUUUUUUUUCCCUCAGUAGUCAUCAAAGGAGACACAGGUGAGUAUAUAAAGGCCACCUCUGUGACCUGAAAGACGAUGGAACAGCCGUUAAAAAGGCAAACCGUUCAUUUAACUUUGACAGUCCAUGCUCAGUCCUUCAGAACCCCUGAAGAAACAUGCAGAAAUGUAUGAGGUGUGUACCAAUUUCCAGAAGAGAUGAUACUGUUACACUUCCAGAUUUGCUAACUGUGCUGUCUAAAAAGGUGAGAGUGAAGAAAAUGUCUGACUAAGUUGGCUUGUUUUACUAGAAGAAUUCAUUUUCCCAGGAACCUCAGUUUUUGUCAGCUGGCUCCUAACACUCCAAAUGAACUCAGAGAUUUGAGGAGUAUAUUCAGCUGCAGUCUAAAUCACUUCCACUGCAUAGUCUGGAUGUUGACAUUUACAUUCAGAGCCAAGGGAUGACAAAUACCACACCGGAGUUCAGCAAAGACGUUUUGGUGCAACGCAUCUACAUAAAAUGCAAUCAUAUAUAUAUAUAAUACAUGUGUGUGUAAGAGGUAUAUUUAUUAAGAUGGAAUUAACUUAUUGUUAUUUAUUUCAAUCCAUUUUAUGAAAGAAAUUGUCGUUUUUCUUAUUUAUUUAAAAGCUUUGUUUGUUCUGGAUGGUGCCAAAGUGGAGCAUUUUUCUCAAGCAAAAUCUAAAAAGGUGAUCCAGAACUGCUAAACACUCACCCACACAUCCUAAUAAUGCUUAUUCACUUCACUUAGAUUCCAGGGUUUCUCAAUUCAUGAGUCCAAAAGAUCAUCGUUAGCUAUCAAGUUACGGGAGGGUAGGAAGAGACACAGAGGAGGGGACCAAUAGAAGAUUUUCGAUUGAAUUGAUCUGUUGUUUUGGAGCAUUUUGGGGGACGGCAGGGUAGAUUUUUUUUGUUGGACAUUUCACCUCAUUUUCCCCAAUGUGGUCAAGGGGGACUUCAGAUGUUGCUCUCUCCUCACAGCACCUGGGUAUAGACUCCUAAUGAAACUAUCACGUCAUUAUACUGUAUUGUUUACAAGAAGGCAAAUGACUCUUUGCUGCUGUUUAUUUUCAAGGCAUUUUUCAAAUUAAUAAUCCAGAAUAGAUUUAAUGUCACUCCAAACAGGAGCCAUCACAUCUUUUAAUUGAAAUCUGAAAACAACAUGAGAGUAGUGGUCUCUCUGAGGAUCUGUAGGUGCCUUUGAAGAUCCAUCCUUUAAGUCACAGAGUACAGAAGCUGCUAGAAUGCCUGCCUAUCAGCAUACGUUACCCGAAACCUCACUCUGGCCUUGCACCAAGUCUGAGCAAAGGCUUUGCAGCGGUUACUGUCCCAAUAGGCUUUAAAGUUCACAGGACUGCCUGUGUUUCUGUCUCGACUGUGACAGACAGGUCUUACUCCCUGAAAGAGGAUUUGAAAGUGAUCCUCUAACAUGAGUCUUAACCAAAUAUCCCCAUUGGCAAAGGCAUUUUGGUAAAGGCAGUUUAAGGAAGUUCUAGCUACUGUAGCGGCUGUCAUCGCCAACCGAUGUAAAUAUCUAAAGACACGACGUUUCGACAAAAGAAUAUGUUUUGGACUGACAGAAGUAAGACAAUGGGUAGGCUCAACAUGCUUUCUACAUGCAAUAACUUGUUCAGCCAAGUUUAUUCCCAAACUAUACAGAAAUAUACAUCCAGGAAAACAGGAGGAUCUUUAAAAGCAUGUUGCUGUGCCCAUAGAGACCCUGCGAGGGGAUCGUUUUAAGUGGAACAAAGAGGGGUAGGUCUUGAUGUUAGCACGGAUUAGGGACCAAGGUAUCUGUGCCCACCCAACAGCAAGCAAGCCAGCUUUACUGUGUAAUCCCCCUGCACACAGAACAAAUCCACUGCAUCAAGCUGAAUUUAGGCCAAACACUACACAGAGAGGAAAAAAAAAAACUCUAGCCUUUAUCACAGCAUACCUCAUCAAUUGGAUCAUCUUCCCCUUUAACAACUGAUUCGUGCGUAAGCCUUUCCAGAUGAGAAUGUGCAGUUAGGAGACUUCCCAGAAGCCUCAGAGCUCCUUGCUACUCUUCGAUACCAUACAUUAGAGUGUGUAAACUGUGACCACUAGCCCUCUCAUCUUCGUGACUGUUUGCUCUACUGUUCCUUGGCGAUUAGUCCUCUGGUUUUGAUGCAAAGGUAAACAAGCAAAAGGUUAAGAUGCGAAGGAAUCCUCAGUGUUAAUAUUUGAAGAAAGGAUUGGAUUUGUUUUCACUCCUUAUUGUGUUAACACCUCUGUGAAAAACCUGUCAUGUCGUUUCACUUGUUUCAUGUUACAGAACCAAAGCUCUCGGCAAACUUUAUUUUUGUACAAUAUUAAUUUUAUAACUUUUUACAGAAUUAAACUUGUUUCUAUCAAAUGA